AUGGUACUCGAACUCAAGCAACUUGCGUCGACACAGGAACCAUACACCACUGUGCCAGUAUGGCAAUCAGCUAUUCUGGUAUACGCUUUAAAGUUUCAUGACUGGGUUUUGGACAGCGGAGCAUCCAGCAAUAUGUGCGAAGUACGCGAUAUGUUUGUCGACCAUAAACAUCUUAGUGUGCCAAUGUAUAGAACGGUCGCCAAAGCCGGGAUCAAGAUGGUCGUUGCCGAAAACGGUAUUGUUGCGCUCAAUAUGCGUGUAGGUAAGCGCGUGUUUGCCACCCGACUUAAGAACAAGUUGCAUGUACCAGAGCUCACAUGUAACUUGUUUUCGGCGUCAUCAGCAAUAGCAAAGGGGAUGACGAUCGAAAUGGCCGGUUCCGGCUGUACAAUAAAGCAAAGUGGUACGUUAGUGGCUAUGGGUACCAAACGUGGUAAGCUGAUCACGCUUGAUAUUGAAGAUGCAUCAGAGUGCCAUCUGGCCGUUAGCGGCGAGUUUCGGCAUCGCCGACUUGGUAACGCGUCGUGCCACGCAGUCAACGAGCUCAUUCGCUAG